AUGUCGCUCUUCCCCAAGCCUGCGGAGACGCAGCAUAUCGGGCUCUUCCUCUUGAACAAACGCCUGAUCCGCAUCUUGCUUGGCAUCGCCGUCUUCUUCCUCGUCUCCUGUGGGCUUCUCUGGAGCCGGCAGCGUGAAGUCCUGCCGUCGUUGCCCGCUUCGCACCCCAUGGGCUUUGGUGAGCCGGACGGCUAUUAUCCAUACGUGACAGUUAGCGAUUACGAUCCCGUGUCUCUCGAUCCCGCCAACAAGACGACCGAGGAUCUUUGCGCAACGUUUCCCAAGCACCUGCUCAGUCUCCUCCAGCCGGUCCUCAAGACUGGCCAUAGCGAGGAUCGCGCAAAGCUCGAGGCCCAGCUCGAUAGCGUCAGCGCGUGCUUUCAGCCCGACGAGCUACUCAUCUUCUCCGACCUUGACGAUCGCAUCCGCAACCACACUGCCAUCGACAUUCUUGCGAAUCUUCCGCCCAAGUACUACGACCUAGACUACAACCCAGAUAUCAAAAACUAUCUUUUACAGAAGGAGCUGAGGCAGAACGGCACGCUAGACACGGAUGAGGAGGCCAAGAAGCGCAUCGAUGGCUGGAUCAUUGACAGGUACAAGUUUCUGCCACAGAUAGAGCGUGCUUGGCUGUUGCGGCCAGACAGGCCGUUUUACUUCUUCUACGAGACCGAUACAUAUGUCGUGUGGGACACGGUAUUCCGGUUUCUCUCAACCUUCGAUCCCGAUACCCUGGUAUACAUGGGCUCCCCAUCGCCUGGGCAGAUCGAUAAGAAUCGCGACAAUCUCAGAACGUGGUUUGCCAACGGCGGGCCGGGCUUUGCCCUCAGCCGCGCAGCGGUCAAGGCGCUUAUACACCGUGACGUGUCACCGCAUGGUCAAUUCAGUGGACCGUCUGUCAGCGAGGUAUGGCUGCCUCACGUCAAGGGCGAUUGUUGCGGCGAUAGUGCUGUUGGCUGGAGUCUGUGGAACAGUGGCGUGGCUUUGCAAGGCUAUUGGCCCAUGUUUAAUCCUCACUCGCUGCACAGCAUCCCAUUUAGCGAUCGUUACUGGUGCCAACCCAUAAUGACGCUGCACAAGACGUCGCCAAAGGACAUGGUUGAAGUUUGGAAAUGGGAGUUUGGGCAAAGGAAGCAAAAUCGCCCAUUACUGUACUCUGACUACUGGGGCUUCCAUCAGCCUGGCACAUUGGGCGUUGUGGAAAACUGGGAUAACGGCGACUGGGAUGCCUCCAAGUCUGGGCCGGACCAAGGGAUCGACUCAGUUGAGAAGUGCGAGGAAGCGUGCAAAAAGGACGACGCCUGCGUUCAGUGGAAUUGGAGAGGAAGAGACGAAAGGGAAUGCGUUCUCGCGCGGUCGUUUAGGCAUGGAGAAGCGCGACAGCCAGAAGAGAGAGACAACAAGUGGGUGGAUUUCACAUCUGGCUGGCUCAAGGACAGACUUGACAAAUUUCGCAAGGAGAGGCAAUGCGAAGUGGUGGAAUGGGUUGGACCAAGCGUUACACGCAUAUUUUGA